CGUGAAGGCACUGAAAUCAUAAAAACAAAAACGAGUGACACUUGCGAAACGCGACGCCAAACGAUACGACUCAAACACCGAAGUGCACGAAACACGACUGAACGUGGCGCGAGUGAGUUGCCGGCCAUUAGGCCCUAAGAAAUCCGAUAAAGUUAGCUGAGUUGGUGGUGAGUGGCUGCGCAACUAAAGACAGUGAUUUACGGUGGCGAUUAUAGGAAAAUAAGCAAAUAAACAAAUUUAGAAGCUUAUAUGUAAGAAGAAUAUGUAAAGUGAAGGAAAAUUUCCAACAGCGAUACUUUUACACUCCGAAAACAAAGGAAACCACUUAAGUGGGUGAAAGGCAAUGUAAUAACCUAUUUCACAAUUACAAGAUCGAGAAAAGCGAUUUUCCAAGUGAAAACAUGAGUGCCACGUAUAAACGUGAUAAACUCUUCAAGUCCUGGACUGGGAUUAGUGAAGUGGCGCUUAUUAAAGAGGUGGCCACAAAAGGUGAAAACAUUGACCUCUGUAUUGAGUAUUGGGCACGUAAGCGGAAACUACCAAUACCGGAAUAUGAACAAUUCUUCCAGGAUGUUGUACAAACGUAUGUGCACCGACUGCUUACUGAACGGCUGGUGUGCAAGGCGGAAAUGGUAUUAAUCAAUGUAAAACGGGAUGUUAAAAGCUUCUAUUAUCAGUUCGCUUGUGAGUGUGAUGAUGAGGAACUGCGCGAACUUGUAAUAGAACAUCUACAAAAGAAAGAUCCACAAAAUUAUGAGACUGAUAUGCUACAAUUGCAAUUCUAUUGGGAUUUGCUGCAGCAACUACAAACAUGUCCUGAAUUGCUUGCGAAGUGCAAAGUGCAACUACGACGCGUUAAUAUUGAAACGCUGGUGCAUUGCGAUGAUUCAUACCUCAAUAAAUUAUUAGCGGAGUUGUAUUUUUCUAACAACAAUCCGCAGCUUUUGGAACGUUUAGAUAAAUACAGUUUAUGGAAUUAUUUGGUGGACGAAGCAAAAUUGGCACAAUUAGUGCGUUGGUGUUCAUUAGCAGGGCAAUUGCCACAAUCGGAGUAUACAGAAUUGGAAGUAUUAUAUUGUGAGUGGGUACUGGAAGCGGAAAUGUAUGAAUAUGCAUUAAAAACAUUGGAGACACCUAAUGAAACAAUACGUAAUUGCUUUGCGGCGGCCGGCUACUUAUUUGACGAUGAAAGAGAUAAAGUGUCUGUAGUGGUGCGGCGGCUGUGCACUACCGAAAGCUUGGAACGUAACCGUGAAAUAUUAGAAAAACUGCCGAUAGGACAAUUUUUACUCGAGCGCGGUUUACACAUGUUGCUACUACGGAAUUUUGUGAAAACACGCGAGUUGGAAGAGAUGUUUGCGGAAUAUCCGGACGAUGAGGAGCUGCUCAAGUUUUUAGUAGCAUUAAAAGAAAACAAAACCGAUGAGUUGGAAGAGUUUGGAAAAGUAUUCCAAGCGACCAAAUCGUAUCUGGAGCAUCAAGGUAUUGAUUUUAACGCUGAACAACCAUUAGUCACUUUAUUUGAUUUUCUCAGCAACGAGCCCAGUGUGGAGACUUUAAUCUGUUUCUUACACACAACUGGUUUACAAAACAUUCCAUAUUUGAAAACAUUACCCAUCAGAAAUCCCAAUCACAAUAGCGAAUCAAAUAUAUCCACGGGUGUUGACAAUUGCAGUAACGGGCAAGGCAAAAGUAUGCCCACCCCUUAUGAUUUUCUGCGCAAAUUCAAGCAUAUCGAUAUAAAAGAAAUCUCCAAGGAAUUGCAAACAGACACGUUAGCCUCGUUCUCCAAUGAAAAGCUGUGCGCAAAAUAUGCGCGAAAGUAUAAACUCAAUUUUCUGCAUUAUUUGAAACAGCAACGCAGUUGCUAUGCCGUCUACUACCUUAUCAUGGACCAUCUGCAACAGUACGGCCAACUAACCAAAGGGCAUCUCUUCACCGCCUGCGAAACUGUCACCGAAUUGGCAUUGCAACACACCAACAACUCUGAGUUGGUCACGCACUGCGUCGCCUUCAUCGAAAUGCUCGGUUAUGAUUCACAGUAUUUGCGUAAUUACCUGAAAUUGUGUCGAUUGCUGGAGAAUGAAGGGGACGAAACAAGCGUGGUGGCCAAAAAUUACACACAGUUAUUUGCGCGUGUGGAAAACCUUUUGGUACAGCAGAUUACCAAAGAACCAGCCAAAUUUCCACUCAAAGAUUACCAGGCGCUAAUGCGUUUGGUCGCCUGCAGCGGCCAACGCCAGUGGCCCAUGAAAGUAAUGCAAAAUUAUGCGAAAGAAGACGAUUGGUGGCGACUGCUGGUGCUCAUGCAAUACUUUGACGUGCCGCUGUCGCAACUGCAAGUGCUAGUGGGGCACUUCGAGACGCGCGCCAUGGGCGAGCAUAUGCUGCGCGCCUUUUUAUGUGAAUUGCCAGCGCAGGUGAAGCGUCAUGCCAGCUUCUCGCGUCAGCAUAAGAAACCCGCGCGUAAAGCUGAAGCAAAUCCAUUAACUACCUCCGCUGAGACGCUCACCUCGUCCAUUAGUUCUGCUUGCAAUGAUCCAAAUAGCGCGCUAUUUCGCACUGCGCCCAGUCAACAGCGUUUGCAUUUCUUACCGGACGCUUGCGGGCGUCUAGAUCUCUUUGCAAUUGUGCUGCUCAGCAGUACUCCCAUAAAUGAGGAGCAGGUGAGCGCUGCUAGUAAAUUUCUCGAACUCAUGCAGGAUCAGCAUACACAUGCGACUUCAUGGAAUUUACUACGGAAUUGCGUGAAGUACAGACUGCCAGUAUUAGCGGUGCUAGCCACCACAGUGCAUCAGGUCAAUAUCGAGUGGCAGUGGCUGGUUUGGCUGGCUGUGGCCACAAAUCAAUGGACUGAAGUGCUCAAAUUGUCCACAUUGCAUAUACAGCAAGUUACUUGGUUGUUGGUUGAGUCCGCUGUGCGUCAUGGCGAUACGGGCCUGCUGUUGCGUAGUUUUCGCAUAUUCUUCAAGGACAGCGCUUUUACACAUUUGUCAUUUCUACAGCGCACUCAACACAAACGCCACUUCGAUGAUGAAGAUGUACACACGCUACGUCUCUUUCUGCUUGCGUGGAGCAACAAUGCAGUUGAAAUGCCCUUCUGCGCCACACUCGAGCGCCAUGAGCUCAUGCAGCACAGUAUCCGUCUGCUUCUUGUGCAUUUGCAGCAUAAUUUUGAAUCGACGCUGGAGCAACAGAAGCUCAUUAGCUGUAUGUGCCGUUCCGACAUGAGCGACAUUAGCGUCAAAAUGGACUUUUGUCGUUUGCACGCCGUUUUCGAAGCGCUCCAGACGCGUCCUGGCUGGGCCGAAUGCUACACGAUCGAUUUCGAGCAACUUGCCGUAGAUAAUAAUCAGGUGUACGAACAACUUUUGGACGCUUUGCGUGCGAAAGGCGAAUACGAUGUCGCGGUGCGUUUGGCCACGCUGCUACAGCAACCCAUCAGUGAUAUCGUCUACAGCAAAUGGGUAACAAAGCUGGAGUCAGCUGAGUCGGCUGACGAUGAGGAGCCAUAUGCGGUUAAGACGUUUCAACUGUAUGAAAACGAGAUCGCGGAGCAUUCACUGCCGCCGGAAUUGCUGGUGAAUUUUUAUCUUUACGCGGCUGGUCGCCUUACCGAGCCAUGCGCGCGCAAAUAUCAACUUCUCAAGCGAGCGCUUACCGUUAUUAAACAACAUCACCUCUUUCCGAAUGAAUCAUUCGAUCGUGAUCAAAUCGAGUACGAAAUGUUCAUAUGCUACCUACAACUGGAUGAUGAUGUCGCAGCUGCAAUGGGUGUUUACCACUCGGAAUACUACGAGCAGAUCAUGUUGCACGAACGUUGUGUACUGUAUAAGUCUUUUCUCGAAUUGAAGGAGCUCGCCGGUGUUGAAGAUCUCAAUGUCAGCAUAAAGCAUCCGAUGACCAAGCAAAUGGAAGCGCGUCUGGAAGCUCAACUCAACUUAUUGCUGGACAAAGGUGAUAUUGUGGAGGCAUUGCGGCUGCAAGAACUCUUCGAAUGCCGUCCAAUCGAUUUGCGUUUUGUGGUGUUUUGCAUGGCGCUGGCCGAGGGUGUGACCACCAUUUUCAGCAUGUCCUCAGAGGAGCGCCAAAUGCUGCGUGACAUCGAGAUAAGCUCAUUCGCCAAAUUCAACAAACGCACGCUGGAUAGUGGUCUACUGACGCGUGAAGGCCGUAAUUCGCCCUCGAAAGCCAGCAGCGAUCUUUCAGAUAGUUGUUCGACUCUCGAGUUUGAAGAGAUUCCAUCCAAGGAGAAGCGCGAAACGUUGGAGACCAUACAAGGCAUCGCUUCCAAGCUCACGUAUGGCGUCAAUAUUGGACGUCGCAUUGUUAUGGUCUAUCGGGCUGCCAUGUAUUUAGAUAAAGAGUAUUUGGAUGUGUUGCGCACGAAGGAUACAACGGUGUUGCUGCAAAGCGUUUCCGAAGAAGGUUGUCUGCAUCGUCUGCUGGUUGUGAGUGAUAUUAUAACAUCAACGCAUAUGACACCGCAGGAGAUUGCCGAACUGCUGGCCACGGAACUUGCCACAGCCAUCGUGCGUCCACGCUUCUACAUUUUCACUGCCGAUCAACAAGCGAAAAACACGAUCAAAAAUACGCCCGUCUGGGGCUACAAUAUCGAUCGUGAUCUGCAUUUAUUUCUGGAAUUGGUACCGAACACCACGAAGCUGGGCAAUUGUCUGCUUGAAUACUGUGAUGCGUUGAAAGCAUAUCGUAAAUUCCAAGAUAAUAAACCAUACGAACACAAUACGGUAUUCGAGCGACUCGCCGAAAUCAUACGACGUUACGGGCUGCCCACCAAUAGCAAUGGCAUUUCGACCGCCAUACCACCGAUUACCACCGCCACAAAUGCUGGACCGAUGCUGCCGCCGGCGCAGGUGCUGUCACACAAGAAGCAGAACAUCAUCUAUGUGGAGCUGUUAAUCAAGGCGCAUCAAUGCUAUGUGCACGAGUGCUCCAUGGAAGGCAUAGCGAACGUGCUGAACCGCGCCAAAGCCUUAAACGCCGUGCUCACGCAAGCCAAGUCCUGGUCGUUAAUUGUGCGCAUGCUCAGCGGCAUCGGACGCUACCGCGAAAUGUUCUACUGUUUCGAUUCGCUGCUCAAAAAUGAACAGUUCGAAUCGCUGCUGGGUCAGUUCGAUGAGGAGAAGACAAUCGGUCUGCGUCAGGCGAUAAUCACAUAUCUACGCGAAUAUUGUCCGAAUAACGGUAGAGAAUAUUUAAAAUUGACUGCGCUGCACUUUCUCAUGUAUCAGGAGCUGGCCGAAAUGUGGGAGCAGGAUGCGCAAGCCGUGCUGGCCAAGAUCAUCAAUCAAACGGCUGUCAACACCGCACAGCUGCCCGAGAAGAUGUCCAUGGCCAAUUUGACAACGGCAAAUCCCACAAAAACGUUCAUACCCAAACUGCGUGCCACACCAGAGUUGCUUGUGCUGCUGCAGCAAGCUAUGGAAUAUUACACGCAUGCAACGGAAAAUUAUUUGCUCGACAAUAAGUUGUUGUUGGCGCAACGCGUCGCCUCGUUGGCCGAAAUGGUGGCUGUGCAAAUUGAUUUGGCCAGCAAAGCCUUGGAUCGCAAUGCCAUGGAGACGCAUCUAUGUGUAUGUGUGGUGAAUGUGCAGACGCGUGAGGAAUUUCGUGAACUGAUCAAUGCGGAGCUGAGCGUGCCGCAAACGCUUAUACUCAGUCGCGCUUGCGGCUUCGACAUAAACUGGGCUGAAGUGCUGCUCUCGCAAUAUGUUAUACUCGGGCAUGCGCAUUAUCUGCAGGAAUACUUGCAACAUUUACAGAUCAAUGACAAUAUCAUUGAGAAUACCGUUAAAGGCUUUCAACUGUAUGCGCAGCAUCAUCGCAUCAGUGCGCGCAUGGAUGAGCAUUUGGCGCAAUUGGUGGCUUUGGUCAAGUCGGUGGCGCUCAAGUACAAGUUAGCCUCGGUGCUGAGCCUUAAAACGAUUGUGAUGUCGCUGAUAAGCGAGCAGACCGCACACUAUUUGCGCGACACGAAUUUCGGACGAAAUGAGAAUCGCAACUUAAACGAUAUGUGACGUCACUGUAAACUGUUUAUGGCGAAUACUAAGCGUAUGCGAUGUGAAGUCGCGCUCGGUGUGUAUGUGUGUUUCAAGUUUUGCUUAUGGCUACGCUUUUUUGAAAAAUUUCACGCUUUGCUUAGAACGAUAUUCUAUGUGAAAUGUAUGCAAAUUUAUGAGAAUGUGUUGUGCAAAUAUUUAAAUUUUUAUCACGAUUGAUUGAAAUUGCUCGAAUCACAUGUACCCAUAUAUAUGUACAUAUAGACAUACAUACAUACAUAUAUAUUUUAGAAUAAGCAUAAUGUGUAUGGAAAUAGAAAUAUUUUUUUACGCAAAAAUUCA